CUAUAAAACCACAACAUAUUCUCAUUUCUGAACAUCCAACAACGGCAUGUUCAUAGCAUUUUCAAGAACUUUGUUCAGCACUCACCGUCUCUUCGCCUUCGCAGCCAACCCCAGAAGCCGAUUCUACCUUAGUCUCUCACCCAUGUCAACUGCCGCCGUUAAGCGAGUGGGCACUCACAAUGGCAGCUUCCACUGCGACGAAGCCCUCGGCUGCUUCAUGAUUCGCCUCACCAAAAGAUUCUCCGAUGCUCAUAUCGUCCGCACCCGUGACCCCAAGGUGCUGGAGACGCUUGAUGCUGUGCUUGAUGUGGGUGGCGUUUAUGAUCCCACAAAAGAUCGCUACGAUCAUCACCAAAAGGGUUUUGAAGAGGUUUUUGGACAUGGGUUUAAUACUAAGCUUAGCAGUGCUGGUCUUGUUUACAAGCAUUUUGGAAAAGAGAUAAUAGCUAAGGAGCUCCAAGUUGAUGAGGACCAUCCAGACGUGCAUAGAUUAUUUUUGGCAGUUUAUAAGAGCUUCAUGGAGGCAAUUGAUGCCAUUGACAAUGGGAUCAAUCAGUAUGACACAGACCAGCCUCCAAGAUACGUGAACAAUACACACUUGUCUUCACGUGUUGGAAAAUUAAAUUUGGAUUGGACCGAUCCUGAUCAGUCAGCUGAGAAGGAAAAUGAAGCAUUUGAACGUGCAAUGGUUCUGGCUGGCAGUGAGUUUUUGGAUAGUGUCCGCUAUCAUGCAAGAUCAUGGCUACCAGCUCGGUCAAUUGUGAUGCAAUGUCUAGAAGCUAGGCUAGAUGUUGAUCUUAGUGGAGAAAUUAUGAUCUUGGAUAGAUUUUGCCCGUGGAAACUUCACUUGUUCGAGCUCGAGGAAGAAAUGAAGAUUAACCCACCUAUUAAAUACGUGCUUUAUCAGGACGACCGAAGCAAAAGUUGGCGAGUUCAGGCUGUGGGCAUAGCACCAGAUAGAUUUGAGAGUCGUAAGGCUCUUCCAGCUCAGUGGCGUGGUCUCAGAGACGAUGAACUGUCUAAGGAAACGGGUAUUCCUGGUGGUGUUUUCGUCCAUAUGAGUGGGUUUAUUGGUGGAAACCAAACAUACGACGGUGCACUUGCAAUGGCAAAAGCUGCUCUGAAGCUCUGACCGCAAGAAACAGCAAUGUGAUUUAUGUUUACACUGAUUUUUCUCGAUGGAUUUGAUUAGAAGCAGCAUGCUAUUUGUUACAAUUCAUGUAAUUUGCCUUGAAGGCAUAUAUAGUUGUUGUCUCUAGAAUAUUAGGCAAGAUUUUAUAGAGGUUAGACGUUGCGGUGGACAGAGUAGGCAUUAAAACUUGAGCUUUAGAGAAGAAACCGUAGAGAACAGCAUCUUUCCAGUUGACACAGCAAUUUUCUUGAUGAAUUCAAGUUGGCAUCUUC